CUUUUGUUUUACUUCCGGGUCCGUUAUUUCUUGAAAUGGGGUUUUAUCACAGGGUUCAUUGUAUUUAUGUUGGUAAUAUUAAUAACUAAGAUGAAUUAUUUUUGUUGAGCAUAAACAAGUGGAUCAGGGCUUUCUUUAUUUGUAAGAAUUGGAAAAUUAUAUAAAAACCGUUUGGUGUGCAUCAUCAAUAACACCGGUAAUUCAAUAUAAACGUGUCAAAUUAACUUAAAUCUCCCUUGUUUCCUCAACUGAUAUUCUUUUGCUGUGAUCUCUAAUAUGUCGACAAAACGUAAGCGAGCUCCCGUUAAAAAAACUGCCAAGAGGGGUAAAAGGAAAGAAGAUAGUGAUAUUGAUUCUGAAUUAUCUGAUAGAAGUGAUAAUGACAAUGCUACUCAGCCAGAUGAAGUCCUCAUUGUAGGACAUGGAGAUGCUUUAGACGAUCUGAGUCAACUUCCUGAAGAAUUGUUAAAAACUAUAAUUAAACCAGCUGGACAAUUGCUCAUUUUUGGUCAAGUUCACUGGGAUAAUGUUGGAAAGCGGGAAAUUAAGCCUACUGGAAAGAUGUAUCCAAACUUAUAUCUCCCACACAUUUUCACUGAUUUGAAGGUGCGACUUGCUGUGAGUGGUUGUGUAGCCGCACAUAGUGUAAUUGUUACUGAGGAUGGCAAGUGCAUGACAUUUGGUCGUAAUCCUUAUGGGCAGCUGGGUUUGGAUGAUACAAAUACUCGAUACUCUCCAACAGUUGUUCCAGGUCUGGAAGACAAAAAUAUUAUUGGUGCAGCAUGUGGAAGACAUCAUACCUUGUUCCUCACUGACACAGGUACUGUUUUUGCAUGUGGUGAUAAUCGUUCUGGACAAUGUGGAGUUGGAAAUUUGCAACCAAAGAUUAUGGUCCCAACUAGAAUCAAUUAUAGAGGCCCACCUAUCAUAAAGGUUGGCUGUGGAGCAGAUUUCUCUGCAAUAUUAGACAUAAAGGGUGGCCUUUGGACCUUUGGUCUCCCAGAGUAUGGGCAGCUAGGUCAUAACACUGAUGGAAAAUUCUUCAAGACUAGCACUAAGCUGUGUUUCAAUUUUGAAACCAGUCCAAAGCGCAUAUUGAUAUACAUUGAAAGAACUAAAGAUGGACAUGUCUCCCCUGUUGAUUUUCCUGAAAUUGUGGACUUCAACUGUGGUCAAAAUCAUACUGUUGCUAUAGACAGUAAAAAGAGGGCAUUCUCCUGGGGUUUUGGAGGAUUUGGCCGUUUGGGUCAUAAUGAACAAAAAGAUGAGAUGGUUCCUCGGUUGAUAAAAUUCUUCGAUAUCCAAGGAAAAGGUGUAAGGUCUGUUCAGUGUGGAUCUACAUACAGUCUUGCUCUUUCCGACUUCGGAAUUCUUUUCAUGUUUGGUCAGACUAAAAGAACAGGAGAAGCGAAUAUGUAUCCUAAACCAAUUCAAGACCUUAAUGGGUGGAAUAUACACCAUAUUGGUGCUGGAUUUACAUCCAUCAUUGUUCAUGCAGAUGAUGCAAUUAUUGCUUGGGGUGCAUCACCAACUUAUGGGGAGCUUGGGCUUGGUGAUAUGCAGAAAUCAAGUACAGUUCCAAAAGAGGUCAGCAAGCUUGGUGGCCUGAAAGUGCUUGGUUUGACUAUGGGAUACAGUCACAGCCUAGUGAUUGUAAACAAUGCCUUACCAGAAGUACAAGAGAAAUUGAAAAAUUUCCAAACUUUCACUCCUUAAGUAUAUGCAACAUUCCCCAUACAAUGUGUAAUUUCAUGUCUUAUAGUUAGGAUUAUAUCGUUAAGAAAUGGAAUGAAAUGUAAUCAUGAAUUUCAUCACAAAUUAAUAAGGAAAAAUUUUGACGUACCUAGCGUAAGGAUGCAUAGAUUACAUAUGCUCAAGAUAAAUUAGUCCACUGAUCAGAAUAUCAACUUUCAAUAAUUACUUUUUGAAAAUGAAAUCAGAUGGUAUGUGUUCCAACUAAAUGUGCCUAAGUGAUCUAUACACUCUUAAGCUUUUUGAUGUAUUAGAUUAAACAAUUUUCAAAUUUGUAAUAAUUUUGAACACAUAAUUCACAUCGAUUAGUAUAAGUGUUCAUUCUGGCAAUUGGUGGAGACUGAUUUUUUAUUUCUCUAUGGUGAUUCAAUUCUGCCAAUUUUUAUUUUAUCUAUACCCUAUAUGUUCAGUAUUUUUAUAUUUAUUGUGAAUAAUGAAUAUAUAAUGCGUAACCAUUA